AAUAUCCCCACUUGAAUGUUCGUGUCAUUGUCAUAUGUCAUUGUUUGUUGGUUUGCGUUGCGCGAACAAUGUCAAUGUGUAUUUUUUUCAGAUUGCAGUGAUUUUCUUAAAUUUUACCCAAUAUUAUUCAUAUAUCAGGGUUACUCAGAAUCAAAAGUAAAUGAUUCUAACUUAACAGCCUCCCAAAAAAGAAGAAUUAGAAGAAGGAAACUACAAGCUGCGCUUAAUAAAUCAGAAAAUAAAGACAUAAACCCACAAACAUUUAAAAUUUGGGACAAUCCUGAGGGUAAAAUCAUAGAACAGAGUGAAGUUUUAACAAUAUUUAAAAGUAAAGUAGAUGCAAAAGAUAUUAAAAUAAAAAAAGCACAAGGAAAUAUUGUAAUGGAAAAAACUAGGGAUGAAGUGUUGGCAGCAAGAGAAGCCAAGAAACUAGCUAAACUUAAAGGCAAAGUUAAACUUGCAAAUGAUAAAACAGCCACACCUAAUAAUGAAGUAAAAAAAGAUGCAGUAGUUAAAGAAACAAAAAAACCGAUAACAAAACAGAAUGUUGAAACUCCAGAAAAGGGGCCUCAAGCCAAUACAGAGUCUUCCAAAGGACAAGACGAAGUAGACAAAGCAGUUCUUAAAACAACUGAAGCACAGGUUAGUGAUAAAAGUAAGGAUCUAAUAAAAGCUGAAAGAGCAGCCAAGAAAGCGGCUAAACAAGCAAAAAAGAAAGGUGAUGAAUCUGGUGAUAAAGCAAUUAGUGAAAUGACAGUUAAAGAUGUAGCAGAGACUUUAAAAGAUAUUGCAAAUGUUGCCAAAGGAGUGCAGGACAUCACUGAUAAAGUCCAAGCAAUCCAUUUAGAUACUAAAAAGGAAAAGCCUGCCUUAGAAGAAACAGGUAAAAGCAAAGCGGAGUUGCGAGCGGAGCGACGAGCGAAACAAGAGGCUCAGCGAGCUGCGAAAAUAGCGGCCGAACAGAAAGCUAAGCCCAAGGAUGCCCCGGUAAAGGCAGUUAAAGUUGAAGAUGUUGUAGCAAAGAGGGAAAGCACACCCACAAAAGCGAAAUCAGUGGAGAGGACGAAGCCUAAAGCUGUGAGCAGAGUGAACUGGUUCCAGCAUCUUGUCACCGACCAUGACACGGAGUCGUUGAAGAAAGUGCCUUUAAAUUCAAAUUUGCACCCUGCUGUUAUUAAGUUAGGCGUGCAACUCGCGACCAAAGUGGUCACCGGGUCCAAUGCAAGAUGUAUAGCUUUACUGGACGCUCUCAGAAAGUUGGUAACGGACUACACACUGCCAGCGAAGACAGAAUACGCCCGAGGUCUUGAAUCCCAAUUGGCCGCCAGUUUAGAAUACCUGUGGUCCAUGAGACAGCCGUGCGCCGCUCAGACCAACGCCGUGAAGUACUUCAGACACCAAUUGACGCAACUGCCCAACAACGUGCCUGAAUAUGACGCAAAGAAAAAGCUACAAGACUUGAUAGACAACUACAUACACGAUCAAAUCGACACCGCUGGCGAAGCAAUAAGCAUGGCUGUUAGGAACAAGAUAAUGCCUGGCGAUACUAUACUCACAUAUGGAUGCUCGUCGCUCAUCGAGCGUAUCCUGUGCGAGGCGUGGGCGGCGAAGCCCCAGUUCCGCACCGUGGUGGCGGGGCGGCGCGCGGGCGCGGGCCGCGAGCUGCUGCGGCGGCUGGCGGCGCGAGGGCUGCCCUGCACCUACUGCGACAUCACCGCCGUCAGCUUCCUCAUGAACAAUAUCAACAAAGUUCUCUUAGGCGCGAGUUCACUGCUCGCCAACGGCUCUGUGCUGGGCGCGGUGGGCUCCGCGCAGGUGGCGCUGGUCGCGCGCGAGAAGAACGUUCCCGUGCUCGUCGCUUGCGAAACGCACAAAUUCUCGGAACGGGUGCAGACUGACGCGUUUGUUUACAACGAGAUAGGUAACCCCGACGACUUGAUAGACAAAUCGGACGACAACUCCCCAUUGAAGGACUGGCGAUCGAACCCCAACUUGACUCUGCUGAAUUUAACAUAUGACGUGACUCCCGCUAACCUCGUGACAGCAGUGGUCACAGAACUCGCCAUUCUCCCUUGCACGAGUGCUCCUGUGGUUUUGAGGACAAAGUUGGCUGAGCAUGGAGUGUGAACUGGCAACAUUAAAAAAAAAGUGUACCUUUUUUAUAUUAGGUCAAUGUUUUCUCUUAUUUUUUUUAUGCAUCAGUCACUGUUUCUUAGUAAAUUUUUAGAAUGAUAUUAGAUAAUUAAAAAUGAUUGUUUUUGCAUAGGACUAGUUACAUUUCUGUACAUACAUGAGUAUUUUCUUAUUAAAUAUCUUAUGAAUUUAUUUUAUUUUGAGAGCAUGAAUGCCUAUCACUAGUAAGUAUCUACCUAUACUAUGUAUAUUUGUACAAAACUUUAUAGCUAAUCGCUCGACAUAUUAGCUGUUAUGGUGCGUAAGUUAUUGGGUUUUAAAAUGUGUACUGGAUGUAUUAUGAGCUCCACUCGGUUUUGUUUGUAUUGAUGCAUUGUUGGCUAACACUGAAAACUGCGAUUAACCUUGGUUCUUAAUGAUGUACAUAAUAUCUAUGUAUUAUUUACUGUAAUAAAAAAAUAAAAAUACCAUAUUUUUAUUAACA